GCUUGGGCGAGGACCACAUCCGAAGUUCCCGAGUGGGUUCUCUGUGUCUGCACCUGCUCUCAGCUCAGUCUCGCCAGGCAGAAAAAAAAACAAAAAUGAAGAGCGUUUACGUUGUGGCUGGAUUGUUGAUAAUGCUGGUGCAAGGCAGCUGGCAGCAUCCGAUUCAAGACACGGAGGAGAAACCCAGGUCCAUCCCAGCUUCCCAGACAGAACCGCUCGAGGACCCUGAUCAGAUGAAUGAAGACAAACGCCACUCACAGGGCACGUUCACCAGCGACUACAGCAAAUACCUGGACUCCCGCCGUGCUCAAGACUUUGUGCAGUGGUUGAUGAACACCAAGAGGAACAGGAACAACAUCGCCAAACGUCAUGAUGAAUUUGAGAGGCAUGCUGAAGGGACCUUUACCAGUGAUGUGAGUUCUUACUUGGAGGGUCAGGCAGCAAAGGAAUUCAUUGCUUGGCUGGUGAAAGGCCGGGGAAGGCGAGACUUCCCAGAAGUCAUUGCUGAGGAACUUGGCCGCAGACAUGCAGAUGGUUCCUUCUCUGAUGAGAUGAACACAAUUCUUGAUAGUCUUGCCACCAGGGACUUCAUCAACUGGCUGAUUCAAACCAAAAUCACUGACAAGAAAUAGAUAGUCCACCAUUCACAACCCUCUUCACAGCAUCUCCCGCCAGCCACUUGGGAUGUACAUUUAAGAGCUGUAUUUGGAAGCUAUCUUGCUCUGCAUGAAGAUGAAUAUAUUUCCCCUUAGUAUUGUGUAGCCAAAAGAUUGUAAGUGAAAUAAAGUUAUGUCCAGGACGUUAAUAAAAUAACGACUCCACAGUAUGAAAGGGCUGGGUUCUUGUAUCUUCUUCUCAUUUUAAAGUUCCCACCCUGUUUGUGGAGCAGUGAGAUAAUUCUCCUGUGAUUUAAGUUGUAAAUUAUAACAACAGAAGGCAUGACAACCUGGUAACCAUAGUGGUGAACCUGGAGAGAGAACUUCUUCCUUGAAUCUUUUGUCAUAAAUGCUCUCAGCUUUCAAUGUAUCAAAAAUAGAUUUAAAUAAAAAUUUCAUCCUUCGUUA